UAUGGCGCUGGGGAGAUUUGGAAAAUGUUGUCGGUCGUUACUACAUGAGCCCUCUAAAGGAGUAUUUUUAGGUAUUCUGCAGCCAGGAUGGAUUGAAAGCUGUGUCGGAGCCAAGAGGCAUCUGUUGUCAGAGGAUGUCAUCAAACUUCAAGACUUUCAGCAAAGGAAGCUGACUGUGGCUCACCUUGCCACUAGAACGGAAGGAAAUUACAUUGAGCUAUUCAAGGAGAAGCUACAGAGGAAUGAGCUGAUACUGAGAGAUGAGCUGAAGCUUCUUCUUCACCUGUGCCAGUCUGCAGAUGACAUGGUGAUAGCCAGAGAUGCCAUUUAUAGGUAUCAUGCAGAGAACCGAAACUUGGCAUAUGGAGAGUUUAAGUUUGGCCCUCUCUUCAUGAGACUGUGCUAUGAGCUGGGUCUGGAGGACAUGGCUGCUGCUACACUUACAGAUAAGAGCAUGAAAGGGUUUUUCAACGACACAACAUCCUUUAACAUCGCCAUAGACAUGUUAUUUACAAAAGGGGCUUAUGAAAAUGCUCUCGAGGUACUAAGAACCAUGAGGAACCAAGGUGUACCAUUCAACAAAGACACGCAGACGCUGCUAGCUGGUACCUGCUAUAAACUGAACACAGCGGAGUCCUACAAGAUCUGCAUUGCCCUGAUAGAGGAGGGACAGAUCAAAGGGUACUUCAUCCCCAGACAUGCUUACUGCUUUGCAGUAGCAUUAGCACUUAGGCGGAAUGACAUCAAAAAAGCACAGUCAUUGUAUUCACAAAUUAUGAGCACAGACAGCAGAUUGUGCCAAAAUUUGAAAGUUGGACUACUAGCAAUGUCAGGAGCAGUGACAGAUGCCAUUUCCACCCUGUCUGCAGCCUUGUUGCCUAAAAGCCCUUCUUUUGUGAAGAAGCCUGAGUUUUCACAGGAGGUGAUGGAUUUGCUGUGCUUGCGGAGUGAGGGCGGACCACUCGAGAUGAAAGUGGAGCAGAUAGUGACUCAGCUUGAACAAGCUGGUCAGGUGACUCAGCAGACCCUCGACGGCAUGCUGUGCCAAACACCUACGGGGAAGAGGAAAUUAGCGCCAAUAAUGGAGCAUAGGAGGUUCAGCCGAAGGACUCUGAGGCCACUACAGUCCACUCUGCUGUCAGAAUGAGGAAACCUGCCUCAGUUGUUAGAGCUGGUCACUUAUACACACAUAGAUGGAUUUUGCCUCGAUUAUCUACCUCCCAUUUUGCAUAGACAGAGUCAUCCCUCUACAAAGCGGACUUCAAUCCCAUUUUUGGUUGUUCCUUUCCAACAUUUGAUGAAAAGGUCACAGUCCAUAGUGUGUGCAGGCAUGUAAAAAAACUUAUAAAUGAGUAUGUAUUUCAACUAUUUCAUAUGGAUAACAUGAGCGAUUUGUGAAGAAUAUGUUGUAGAUGAAAGUGUGAAUGAGUGAUUAAAGAUGAA